UGAGCAGUCAGGGAGAUGUUUGUCAGACCAUGGGAACUGCACGGGGUAAUCCUGCGCCCUGGGGCAGAAAGAGCUGAGCUGAUUCGCCACACCCAUCCCUGGCAGCUAGAGUGUUCCUACGAAUACACUCAUUGGGUUGUGACUGCACAGGAGAGGACUUGCACAGAAUUCCCCAGUCUGCUCCCUCUGCACAGGACAACAGAGUCUGCUCCCUCUGCACAGAAUCCCCCCAUCUGCUGCUUCUGCACAGGACAACCGAGUCUGCUCCGUCUGCACAAGACAACCGGGUCUGCUCCCUCUGCACAGAAUCCCCCAGUCUGCUCCGUCUACACAGAAUCCCCCCCUCUGCUUCUUCUGCACAGGACAACCGAGUCUGCUCCCUCUGCACAAGACAACAUAGUCUGCUCCGUCUGCACAGAAUCCCCCCGUCUGCUCCUUGUGCACAGGACAACCGAGUCUGCACAGGAUCCCCCAGUCUGCUCCACCUGCACACAGCUAUCGGGUCUGCCCCCUCUGCGCACAGACACAAUGUUUCUGGUGAAUAAUUUUAUAAAGGACGUGUCGGGUGGAGGUGGAGGCUCUGGCCAGGGAGGGGGCGCCGGCAUUGGGAAUAUCCUGAAAGGGGUGGUCGGCAGCGUUGCAGGGUCCGGCCAGGGCGGAUCAGUCGGUAACAUAGUCCAAGGAGCCCUGAGCGGCUUAGCGGGAUCCGGACAAGGUGGCGGAGCCGGCAAGUUCCUACAAGGAGCCCUCAGCAGCCUGAGCGGAUCUGGUGGAUCUGGCGGACAGGCCGGCGGGGCAGGGAAACUUUUUGCAGGACCCGCCGGGGCUGGGGCGUCAGGCGGACAAGGAAUGAACAUACUUGGAAGUAUUCUGGGCGUCAUCGGUAAUGCAAUUGCAAAUUACAAGCCGGAGCCUCCUCCAGUGCCGACCGCCAACAGCUACCUGCAAGAGGCGACAGAGAACGACGAGCAGCGGCAGUUCCGACGCCUCUUUAAGCAGCUGGCGGGAGAAGACAUGCAGGUCUCCCCGGUAGAGCUGCAGAAUGUCCUGAACAAGGUGGUGGCCAAGCACCAGGACUUAAAGACUGACGGCUUCAGCAUAGACACGUGCCGCAGUAUGGUCGCGGUCAUGGACAGCGACGGGACAGGCAAACUGGGCUUCGAGGAGUUCAAGUAUCUGUGGAAUAACAUUAAGAAGUGGCAAUGCAUCUACAAGCAGUUCGAUACGGAGAAGACGGGCUACAUCCCGGCCUCCGCCAUGCCAGGGGCUGUGGAGGCUGCCGGCUUCAAGCUCAACGAGCAGCUCCACCAGCUGCUGGUCCGCCGGUACGCCGACAACAAGGGGAACGUGAACUUUGACAGUUUCAUCAGCAGUCUGGUGCGGAUGGAUUGCAUGUUCCGGGCCUUCCAAGCCCUGGACAGGUCUGGAACGGGAGAGGUCCAGGUGAGGCUGCCGGAAUGGCUGAAGAUGACCAUCUACUCCUAGGGACACCAGCACACCUGGCCAGGUAUGGAGGCCGGGCGGAUGGCGGCUGUCAUUGCUGUACGCUGCUGCUUCUCUCCUUAUACAAUAAAUGCAGAAUGUACGGACGGA